AUGGUCGAGACAGCUGAAGAAAAGGAAAUAAAACGCGUCAGACGUCUUAUCGCUAGAGCUGACACAAAACGCACUAUCGCCGUCAAGAAAAUUCGAUCAAUUGACAGCCUCGCUAAACUCGCAAAAACUGAUACUGGUCUGAUGGAUGAAUUGCAUGUAGCGGCUGCGACGUUGGAUGAUUUAUGGGCACAAUUCGAAACAGCGGACAAUGAUGUGUUAGACAAGUUGUUGGAAAUAAAUGCCGAAAGCGAAUAUUCAGCCGAGUUGCCAGCCGAAGUGCUUUCUAUUAUCAAUGCCAUUACGGCAAUCGCCAUGCAGGGCAAUUACGAUAAUUUAAAGAACGCUAAACGCGGCUUAGGUGAACAAAAUCAUGCUAGCGAUGCACCAGUUAAGCCAACAGCAAGACUACCUGAAAUACCGUUGCCGUCGUUCAAUGGUGAUUUUAAUUACUGGCCGACGUUCCGCGAUCGGUUCUCCGCGCUUGUCGGCGAUAGGACCGACAUACCGAAAAUCGAUAAAAUGCAACAUUUGAUCGGAUGUUUGCAGGGUGCUGCAUCCGACGCCAUACGCAAUAUAACUGUGUCCAAUGACAAUUACGACCUCGCGUGGUCCACGUUAUCGUCGCGUUUUCAUCGCCCGCGAUUAGUCGCGAAUGCAUUGAUCGACAAAUUACUCAACGCCCCGGUGUCUUCGCAAGAAACGUUGUCCGAUCUCAAUAAUUUUGUAUCGACCUUCUCUGAAAAUAUUGCGUUAUUAACUGCAUUGAACAUCAAGGACCUCGGAUCAUUCAUAGUGUUCUCCAUGGCUUUUCGGUGUCUCCCGGCAUCCACACGUAAAUUAUUCGAGUCGUCCGCCCCUCCGGAGUUCCCAACUGUGACUGAUUUGCUGACUUUCGUACAGUCCCGUGUAGCGAUUUUGGAGAUUGCCGGAGAUCAUCAGAAAAGGUCCAAUAGUCGACCACAGUUUACGUCACACAGCAACGCGUUCGUAAAGAAGGUUCCGUUCAAACAACCCACCACAUCGUUAGUCGUUUCGAAGCCAUCGAGCUCCAAGAGCGACGCCUGUCCGAAUUGCCGUGAAAAGCAUGCCAUUACUGACUGUCGGAAAUUCGCCUCGUUGUCGGUCGAGGACCGCAACAAAUGGGCUCGUGAUAACCGUGUAUGCUACACGUGUUUAUCGACCGAUCAUUGGGCCAACAGGUGUCACUCAAAACUCCGUUGUGCAACCUGUUCAAGGAAACACCAUACGUUGCUUCAUGGGUUUUCAGCACGACGCCAUUUAGAGAGCGCCCCAUCUAGCGAUGAUGCGCCCUUUUGUGCUGCAUCAACGACAUAUCGGACCGCCGAUUCAUUAGCUGUGCUAUUGGGCACCGCUCUCAUUCAUAUUCGUGAUCAUUGUGGCACUUGGCAAACAGCUCGGGCCAUCGUCGAUUCAGCAUCUCAAAUAAGUGCCAUAACUGUGUCCUGUGUUAAUCGUUUAGGACUCCGGCUGACAAACUGGACAGCACCGAUCAGCGGCCUAUCCGGUGCAGCAGUUGCUGAUGUCCAAGGUACAGUCGAUUGUGUCGUCCAACCAAGAUUCGCUACGGAACCACAACUGAAAACAAAGGCGUGGGUAAUGCCGUCGAUCACGUCCAACAUGCCACGUCGGUCCCUAGACACCGGCGUCAAAGAUCGGUUCGCGAACUUGGCCCUUGCAGAUCCGACGUUUAAUAUUACUUCUUCCGUUGAUAUGCUAUUGGGUGCCGACCUGUUCGCACAAAUAAUGGACGGCCGGAAGGUUACGGUAGCUGCCGAUUUACCCACAGCGUUCAGCUCUAUUUUCGGAUGGAUUCUGAUCGGGCCGGUGCUCCAAACUGAUGUCGAGUGCCACGCAUCGCUCCCUGUGUCAUUAACCGUUUCAAUUCAAGAUCUAAUCGAGAACUUCUGGCGUGCUGAGGAACCAGCUAUGCCGCCGCCUUCGUUCACGGAUGAUGGCCGAUGUGAAGAAAUAUUCGUAGCGGAACACAAGCGAUUGCCUUCUGGACGAUUCGUCGUGCCAUUACCGACACGCUCAGCCUUGUCCUCGCUAAGUUUCCCAGGUUCUCGUGAACACGCGAUCAAACGCUUCGAAAAUCUCGAGAAACGACUGUCGACGGACACUAAACUACGAGAUCUCUAUUCCAAUUUCAUGUCCGAAUACUUGACAUUAGGUCAUAUGUCGGUUGCGAGAACACCUGGGACAUACUUCAUACCGCAUCACGCCGUAUAUCGACCUGCAGAUGGUGACAACAAAAUCCGAGUCGUAUUUGACGCGUCUGCGAAGGGACAUCGAAGUUUGUCAUUAAACGAAUGUCUAUUGCAGGGCCCCAAAUUACAACAAGACAUCGUCGAUGUACUGACCCGUUUCCGUGUACCAAAGCUAGUCUUUACGGCAGACAUAUCACUUCGCGUCCUUAAGGCAAUCGCCUUCAACGAUUGCACUGAUUAUGACGACGUUCGUGACGCGCUAUUAAAUCAGACAUACGUCGAUGACGUGUGUGCUGGCGCCGAUUCCACUACCGACAUUCUAAAAUUCCAAUCCGACUUAAUUUCAAUCCUAGGCCGUGCGGGGCUAGAAUUAAAAAAAUGGUCCAGUAAUGAACCUGACGUGUUAGAAGCGGUGCCUGCCGACCAUUGUGUGAAUUAUCCACAUUCGUUUGACGCCGACGAUGAUAGCGGAAUAAAGGUACUCGGCCUUCAGUGGCAUCCGGCCGACGAUUCGUUUUCGUGUGCACUUCGUCUCAAUUCGUUGCCAAUCAUCUGUACGAAAAGAGGAUUAUUGUCCAUGAUCGCAAGGAUUUACGAUCCUUUGGGACUGUUCGCACCCGCAACCUUUCACGGAAAAUGCAUAAUGCAGCGCACAUGGUCGGCGAAGGUAUCAUGGGAUGACCCUCUUCCGGAUGACAUUUCGCGGGAUUGGGAAUCGUUUGUAUCAGACCUGCCAUCACUUAACGACUUGAAGGUGCCUCGUCAUUUCAAUUCCCGCCGUGGAUCACCGUGUCAAUUACUGGGAUUUUGCGACGCCUCACAGCACGGUUACGCUGCAGUUCUAUACAUAAAGAUGUUAGACCUUGAUUCUAAUUCAAGUACCAUUUUCCUCGUCGGAACCAAAACGAAGCUGGCGCCGAUAAAAACUUUAUCGAUACCGCGGUUGGAGCUAAACGCCGCGUUAUUGUUAUCUCGAUGGAUGAGCCGAAUACAGGCAACCCUUAAAACGUAUUUAAACAUUGUCGAUUUGUACGCAUGGAGCGACUCCGCUAUCGUACUGUCAUAG